AUGCCGGCGAUUCCUCCCCUUGAAACCCUCUUAGAAAACACCCUUGUGCAUCGUGAGAUCCUUGCAUCGCCCCAAAAUUCCACCGUGGUUGCAUCCGCAAAGGCCCUUGAGGUUAUCUGCGCGUGGCCUGUCUCGGGACAGUAUGGUCCUGGGACACGCGCUCUAUACUACAUUCUCAUCGCGGCGUGUGUGGUAGCUCGCAAGGUAGAAUGGAUUCGGAACGCGUGUCUGGCUGCAGUGUUACUGUUCCCCGCCGUCGCAGCCCUCCAUGCCAUUGCUCUCGCCGUUCUCCAUGUUGAGGGUGCCGUUGACAUGGAUAUUUACGGGGCCUUCCAGCUGUGUGCAAUCGGAAUUCUAACGGCGCCGGCGACCGUGAGAUUAUCGCAGACCUACUUCAACAAUCCAGGUAGAGAUAUUAUCUUCAUAUGGACGGUCCUUCUUCUCGCUGGACUUCUGAGUCUGAUCGUUGAGUUCAUGCGUCUUGAGGGCAUUCCUGUUCCAGGGAGCGCAACGGCAGCAUGCAUCAACUGGGCGGGCGGAAAAGGACAGUUUCCGUAUGGCGACGAAUGCGACCUUCGUUGCUCACCCGAUGAUGGACCAACGUCGAGCCUCCGGGAAGGCUCAACCGACAAUAUCUAUGUGGUUCCCACGCCGGACAGACUGUCCUUCAACACCACCACACUCCUUGCAGCAGCGUGCUGUAUCCCGGCAAUACUGUCCCUGGUAUCCAUGUGGAUCAAGAUCAUGGAUCAUAAUUGGGAAAAGUUGUCGAGCGGAAGAAGGAAACAACAGAAGCCCGAUGAAUUUAUCAAGGGUACCAAUGGUGCGACCGUGACUCAAAUGACAAGAAUUGGGGAAAGAAUCAAAGAUGCAAUGUCCCUCAUUGAGAUACCAGUGAUGGCAGCAGCAGUGCUUGCGAUCCUUAUAAAAGGCGAGAUGAAUUUUUGGAGCCGCCAGGUUUACUAUCAAACAGAGCCCAUAACAAGCAUCGGCCAAUGGGCACCCAUAGUCGGUUCUGGACUGGCUGUUCUGGGAUCUCUUUAUCUCCUUCUUGCCGCCGAGAUGGCCGCCGAGCGGAAGAGCGACAAAAAAGAGAAAUGUAAGGAGUGUGCUAGGCCAGAAAGCUCAAGCAGCUCCAGACGUCAGUCAGAAACCAGCACCGAAGACCAAGAGCCAGACAAUGACACGCCCAGUGAGCAGCCUACAACUUCAGGAAACGAAACACUCAUUCGCCAGUUUACGGCUCGAACUCUGACAGGCGAUGUGGGCGGAAGAAGGAGAUUUGCCCGAUUCAUGAACUGGGCAUCCGAGAACAUCGCUGUCAGAACUCACUCUCAGUAUGAGAAGGGUGGAUUCAAGCAAGAUCAGAAAGACAACUAUCCUGAGCUUCCGGGGGAGCGCUUGAGAAACUCCGAAUUACCAAUUCAAAUCCUCAAAUACAACGAGUAUUCAAGAGCAGCGAGCUUCGUUAGCAGCACGGGCUCAUUAGACAAUGGCGAAGAAUCUUCCAAGAUGGCUUGUCGCCCAACGCCAGGGAGAAAAUCAUACCCCAUCUCAUCGCCUUCGCCCGCACGCUCUCGCCAACACGGUGACCAUUCAGGGUCACUUCCGAAUGACGGGCUGCUCCACACAUCUCCAUAUCACCCAUCAUCCCCCGAGACUUCAUGGCAAGACUGGCCGCAGAAUUUGCGUCCGUUCAGUGGAAGAGCGUCGAGUCGAAGCCGAGCUGAUUCCGGCUCUGACACUGCGAUUAGUCCGACGACUAUGUCGCCCUCUCCAAUGCCACCCACUAUCAUCGUUUCUUCGGUCACUUCUGAAUAA